AUGGGCACGAUUGUUUACCGGAAGAUGACCCUGGAAGAGGCGAAAUGGAAGUUUCCCGAGCUAAGAAAGGUGGUGCGGAUGGGGGGGGAGUGUAGCCCGGUGGAGGUGCCUGUGACCUACGGCGAGGUGCCUGGUGCUUCUGAUGCCGAUGUGCGGGAGCGGGAUGAGGGAGCUGAGCGGGCUACCGUGGAUAGGCCGACACCGGAGGAGUGGAACGUUGACGUUCAAUGGGAAGACGUGGAAGAGCUAUGGAGUUAUGAUGUGCACCCGACGCAGGGUGCGCGACCGACAUCUUUGGCGAGCACCCUCAUCAUGCUUGUGCACGCUGGCGCAAACGGAAACUCCCAUUUCAUCGGUGGAUCCACUUCUUGGGCCAACACCGACACGGAGACUGGUUACCACUGUGAGAGGGAUAAGGCGGAAUUGCCAUCGGAUCAAGUGGAUGAUGUGGCAGACGCAGUGAUAAAAGAUGCGGAGGAGUGGAGCGACGAUAGUGAUGAGUGGUGGCUAGCAGGCCACUAUGACGGGGAGGAAGUGGAGGUGUGGGUGGCAGGAGUGCAAGGGCUGACAGCAGCGGUGCAAGGGCUGACAGCAGGGGUGCAAGGGCUGACAGCAGGGGUGCAAGGGUGGAAAGCAGGGGUGCAAGGGUGGAAAGCAGGGGUGCAAGGGGGAGAAGCAGGGGUGCAAGGGUGGGAAGCUGGGGUGCAAGGGUGGGAAGCAGGGGUGCAAGGGCGGAAAGCAGGGGUGCAAGCGUGGGAAGCAGUGCAUAGGGGGUAUGAGGGGACUGUGGGGUAUGAGAGGAGUUGGGCAUACGAGGGGAGUGCGGGGUAUGAGAGGAAUGGGGAGUAUGAGAGGAGUGGGAGGAGUCCACUGUAUGGAAUGAGUGGGGGGUAUGAGAGGAGUGGGGAGUAUGAAAGGAGUGGGGGGUAUGAGAGGAGUGGGGAGUAUGAAAGGAGUGGGGGGUAUGAGAGGAGUGGGGAGUAUGAAAGGAGUGGGGGGUAUGAGAGGAGUGGGGAGUAUGAAAGGAGUGGGGGGUAUGAGAGGAGUGGGGAGUAUGAAAGGAGUGGGGGAGGAUGGGGGGGGAAGCAGGGAAGGGGAUGGGGGGAAGCAGGGAAGGGGAUGGGGGGAAGCGGGGAAGGGGAUGGGGGGAAGCAGGGAAGGGGAUGGGGGGAAGCAGGGAAGGUGAUGGGGGGAAGCAGGGAAGGGGAUGGGGGGGAAGCAGGGAAGGGGAUGGGGGGAAACAGGGAAGGGGAUUGGGGGAAACAGGGAAGGGGAUGGGGGGAAAGUAGGGAAGGGGAUGGGGGGAAGCAGGGCAGGGGAUGGGGGGAAGCAGGGAAGGGGAUGGGGGGAAGCAGGGAGGGGGAUGGGGGGAAGCAGGGUAGGGGAUGGGGGAAAGCACGGGACGGGAUGGGGGGAAGCAGGGGAGGGGAUGGGGGGAAGCAGGGCAGGGGAUGGGGGGAAGCAGGGAAGGGGAUGGGGGGAAGCAGGGAGGGGGAUGGGGGGAAGCAGGGUAGGGGAUGGGGGAAAGCAGGGAAGGGGAUGGAGGGAAGCAGGGAAGGGGAUGGGGGAAAGAAGGGGAGGGGACGAGGGGAAGCAGGAAGGAGGGAGGGGGGAAGCAUGGAGGAGGGAGGGGGGAAGCAGGAAGGAGGGAGGGGGGAAGCAGGAAGGAGGGAGGGGGGAAGCAGGGAGGAGGAAGGGGGGAGUGGCAGUGAGGUCGACGAGGAGAGGGAGUGGGGGAAGUACCCGCUCUCACCCUCUGUCCUUCCCCCUCUGUGCCCCUCCCCCUCUUAUCCUCCCCCUCCGUCCUUCCCCUUUUGUCUCCCCCCCUCUGCCCUUCACCAUCUGUCACUCCACCUGUGUCCUUCCCCCUCUGUCUCUCCCCCUUUGCCCUUCCCCCUCUGUCUCUCCCCCCCUGUCCCCCCCCCUGUACCUCCCCCCUCUGUCUCUCCCCAUCUGUCCUCCCCCCUCUCCCCCUUGUACUUCCCCUUCUGUCCUUCCCCUUCUUUCCUCCCCUCUGUCCCUCCCCCUCUAUCCCUCCCCCUCGUUCCCUCCCCUCUGUCCCUCCCCCUCUGUCCCUGCCCCUCUGUCCCUCCCCCACUAUCCCUCCCCUCUCGUCCCUGCACUUUCGUCCCUACCCCUCCUUCACUCCCCCUCUUUCCCUUCCCCUCUGUCCCUCCCACUUUGUCUCUCGCCCUCUGA